UUGUGUUAUGUGUUUGGUACAGUGCUGUAUUAAUCAGCUCUAAACCUUUUUCCUUCUGUCUUUGUGUUGGGUUGUUUGUCUCUCUUUUCUAGGAAAUAUCUUCAAAGGAAUCUCUCUUCUGGCCUGGAGGUCUUCUAGAGGGUUGGACCUCCUCGCCAUCAUGAAAGGCUUAGGGACCAACCGCAGCAGACACCUGUCUGAUUCCUGCAACCCUUCUGCAGACCAUUCAGAGGCCCUCUUCUCUCAGAAGACCACCACACUUCCUCGCAGCCCUUACUUGCUGAGUCCCACAAUGGACCACUAUGGCACCAUGGACCCCCACCUUUACUCUUCAGCUAAUCCAAGCUCCCUUCCACCAGAAUGCAUGCUGCCCCUCAACAACCAGCUGUCCAACAGCAGCACCUUUCCUGGGAUUCACUACAACUCCUACGACCAGUCUGAUUUUUCUCCUCCUGGGGACAGCAUCGGAGGAAUAAGCACAGGGACCUUGGGGACCUCCAUGUCCAUGGGCAUGGGAACGGGAAUGGGCAUGGGCAUGGCAGGACUGAGCGCACGAACACCUAUGAUUACAAGUGGCUCGGCAACAAUAUCACAUCAUAUGACCAAGAACCAGACCCCACCAAGUCUGCUUGAGUUUGAUAAACAGCUACCUGGUGGCCGUGAUGGAUUCAGCACAUUGCAGUUUCACCGAACAUCUGCUGCUGCUGCUGCCAAGCAGCGUACGGACAGUCCUGGUCGUAUUCGUUACAUGCUGCACUCAGUGCAGAAGCUCUUUGCAAAGUCGCAGUCACUGGAGAGCCACAACAUGAAAGGAAAUGUUAAUGGACGGUCGACCGGCAGUGGUGGAGGUUCGUCUAGUACGGAGGAUGGAGGGAAGCACAAUCGCAGAGCCAAAAGUAAAGAUCGGGGUACAAAAUCAGAAGCAACUGCCAAGCGACGGCCACGCUCCAACAUGUCGGGCUACUGGAGCUCGGACGAUCUGGACAGCAGCGAUUUGAGCAGCUACCACAACACCAUGGCCAUGAUGACUCUCGGGCGUCCAUCUGGCCCGGACAGCCACGGGGGGCAGAACAGAUACAUCCACAGUGGCUACAACACUAUCAGCUCCUCUAAAAGCAGCAGUGACUUAAAGUAUCAGGCACUUCCUGGGCCAGGGGGUGGAGGAGGUGGUGGAUUAAGUGGACUAGGUGGAUUAAGUGGACCAGGAGGUUUGAUGAUGAAUGAUAGUGACUAUAUGAAAGGAGGGUCAUGGUCCACAUUAACCAUGGGUCAACCAAGACAGAUUAUUCAGAAGGGCUCAGCUACUCUGGACAGGUCCAUGCUCAAGUCCAAGUCCUGCCAACAAGAACUAACCUGCAACUACCUACAGGUUGGAAGAAGGGGUGACUGGAGCAGCUCAUUAGGUCGCAGCGGGGGUGCCAAUGAAAUCCCAUGCCGGCGGAUGCGGAGUGGUAGCUAUGUGAAGGCAAUGGGAGACAUGGAAGACAGCGAUGACUCUGAGGGAAGUCCCAAACCCUCACCAAAAACUGCUGCUCGGCGUCAGAGCUACCUCAGGGCUACCCAGCAGUCUCUGAGUGACCAGUUUCCCCCACGCAACUGUCUUCCAUCUCUCAGAGAGUUCUCCAAUAAUCGCAGCCUAGACAACCUAGACUGCAUCGGGAGUAUAGGCUCAUCUUUGCCACCAUGGGACGACGAUGACUUCAGCCAGGCUUGCAGUACCUUGGGCAGACGCAUGGGACAGCUACGAGACCUAGAAAGGAGCCAUCAUUAUGAAGACCGCAGCUCAGAUUCUACAUUUAGAGAUUCCCGUUCCCAUUCUCAGGACAACUCAGAGCCUCCAGACCUACCCAUGCCUACGUGCUUCCGAUCCCGCAGCCACAGCUACCUGAGAGCCAUCCAGGCUGGCUGUUCCCAAGAUGACGACGUUGCAUCCAUCGACUCGGGCUGCUCUCCGCCUCCCAUUGACACCACGGUUCGCACCUACAGCACCAGCACUGACGACCUUUCUGCACAAUGGAAGACAUGGAAAGAACAGUUUGGCUCUUACCUGAGAGCCACAGGCUUGGACAAAGAACCAAAGGAGAAACAACUUGCAAUUUUUCUUCAGCGUUUUGGGGCAGACAGACCACGCAUCCUACCCCCACGCACAGUCUCCACAUGCAUAACCACCUGUAAGAAAGCAGCUCCUCCACCAGUGCCGCCCCGUACAACUUCCAAGCCCUACAUCUCAGUGACCGUGCAGAGCAGCACAGAAUCGGCCCAGGACAACUACUUGGACCAGCAGGACAGGAGGUCAGAGGUCAACAGCCAAUCUAGCCACGCUCAAAGCAAUUCUUCUGACAGCCUUGACAGCACCCGUGCCAACAGCCUGGCCCGGGGCAUUCCCCGCCCUCCGCACAUCAUCCCCACUCCUAUUGCUACCCCGAGAGAACCAAUUGCCCCCGCCACUGCAAAUGCUUCCACUGAGACAAGUGACUCUGUAGUCCAGCACGAACCCCUAAAAUCGGGAUUUAAUAAAGGAAAUCUUGCAGCAGAGGAGCCCCUAGUAGCCCCCGUGCCCAGGCGGAAACUUUCCUCCAUUGGCAUACAGGUGGACUGUAUUCAGGAAGUUGCACGAGAAGAGACUCCUCCCCUGACCAGAUUUCAAUCAAUUGGAGUACAGGUGGAGGACGGGUGGCAGCUCAGUCACUCCAGCAGCAUGGCCUCAAAACACGAAACAGACUCAGACACGCAGGACAUCUCUAUCAUCUCCCAUGUAAUUAAUGCCAAACCCACUGAGAAGAAAGUCAUGGUCAAUUGUGCCAGUCAGUCCAUGAGCUCCCCUCCUGGACGAGACUCUUUAGACAGCGCCGACCCCACCGGAGACACCUCUUCACCUCCACCUCCCAGGCAGAUUCUCAACCGCUCCACCACAAGAAGCAGCUCUUCCUCUUUCUCAGAAAGUCUGGACCCAGCGUUGGACCCCUCUUCUCUUCCACCGCCAGACCCCUGGCUGGACAGCGGGAAUAACAGCAGUGUCCCUCAGAGCGGAGGAGGGGGAACGCUGUGUCGGAGGGACGGCCAGUGGUUCUUGAAGCUGCUGCAGGCCGAGACGGGACGCAUGGAAGGCUGGUGCCAGCAGAUGGAACAGGAAACCAAAGAUAACCAGCUCUCAGAAGAGGUGCUGGGGAAGAUUCGCAGUGCAGUAGGAAGUGCCCAACUCCUAAUGUCUCAGAAGUUUCAGCAGUUCCGGGGACUGUGUGAACAAAACUUGAAUACAAAUGCCAACCCACGCCCUACAGCCCAGGACCUGGCUGGUUUUUGGGACCUCCUUCAGCUAUCCAUUGAAGACAUCAGCCUCAAAUUUGAUGAGCUCUACCAUCUCAAGUCCAAUGACUGGCAGCCCGUGACAUCUGCAGCUGCCCAGUCAAAUUCUGAGCGGAAGGACGAGGAGAAGGCGGCGUCAAAGAAGCCUGGUAAGGUACGACCACCGCUGGGCCGCGAGAAGAGUGCCGACUCUUCAUCCAACUCUUCCUUGAGCUCUGCAGAGAAACAGCGACAAGAGGCUCGCAAGCGUCUGCUGGCUGCUAAGAAGGCUGCCUCGUUUCGCCAGAACUCAGCCACAGAGAGCGCAGACAGCAUCGAAAUUUACGUCCCUGAGGCCCAGACUCGUCUCUGAGAGAAACUGUGAGAGAGGGCCGUUGGGUUGGAACAAAGGACAGAUAAGUGUCAGUGAAACACCUGGAGAAAGGAGAGGAAGCUUUUGCAAUGUAAAUGAGCCAUCUCAGUGAAGAUGGGUACGGGUGGAGGGGAAAAGAGUGGGAAAUUCCUGGGUUUGGAGGGUUUUGACACAUUCAUACAAUAAUAGGCUGGUCCUGGUGACUGCAAAUGAGCAAACAAGUCAUUGAAUAUUUCUUGGACCCAACGGACUUUGAAGCAGGAGACUCCUCAUUUGAGUCUUGCCAUUGAAAACCUCAGCUGAUGAACUUUCUUUUCUUGUUACUGUUCUUGAUAUCAUCAUUAAAAAAAUUGUUAAUGAAGGUAUUGUUAUAAUGACAAUUAUAUCCUAAAGAAUCUAUAUGAAGACUGUUUUAAAUGUUCCUGUAUCUCGGCUAUAAGAUAUUUUAAGCAGACAGAAGGCAAGCGUUAAUGCUUUUCUGUCUUCCAUCGUCCUGCUCUCUUCCCAGACCAUUGGCCAUCUUGUAGCUUUUGCACAACACCGCCUUGUGGCCAUCACAGACACUGCACACAUACCACAAACUCACCUCUGUGUGUCUUCCUCCUAUUUAGUUUGUUUACUUUCUUCAUCAUUUGAGUUAUAUAAAAAUCAGUUUAGAUCAGGUUAUUACGAAUAGUUUUGGUGUGAUGAAACUGAAAGUCAGGUUUAAAGGGGUAUUUAUAUAGAUAGCAGUUACCUCUUCUGUAUGUCCUACAGAGUGGAUUGUGUCAAAGAUGUUUUUUAACAAACUUUAGGUUUAGUGUCUGAAUGGAUUUUGAAUGAGAACCCAUCCCAAUAAUCAGGCAAAGCUUGAGGACAUAGAAUUUUAGGAUACGCACUACCGCUCGAAAGUUUGGGGUUUCUUUGAAAUGUUUUUGUUUUGUGAAGAGAAGCUCACUUGUUUUAAGCUAAUGUAGCACUGACCAGCAGAAAUGUUAUAAUUGGCAGCAAUUAAUUAAAAUUUCAGGCAUACAUACCUUCACUCCUGUGUUCUAAUGGCAUGAUCCCUAAUACCAGUUUGUCAUAUUAAAAGAAUAAUUAUUAGGAAACCUCUUUCAGUUAUGUUAACAUAGCUGACAAAACUUGUGCCAUUAACAGAAGCCAUUACAUUACAUGCCAUUACAUUCAAUGUUGUUUCUCACUGUGUUAUUCAAGGUUACUAUAGUUAACAAAAACGACCCUAAAAACUAAGAUUAGAUGUUUAAAAAGAUGUUUUAGAUAACUAAAAUUUAAAAAAAAAAAACGGGGGGGAAUUUAAAACUAUAACUGAAACAAUUUUGUGAACUUGGAACACUAAUAAAUAUAUAGAAAUAAAUAUAUAGAGGAGAUAUCCUUAAUUACUAUGUGUUAGUUAUGUCAAGAAGAGGCUGUGAUGUGUUUGAAACUCAGGGUCUCUGGACACUGUGAACCAGCUGCUUUCAAAAAGUUGUGUGAUUUUAUUGUAAUACCUGGACUGAUUUUCUUCUCUUUGACAUAUAUAGUCCAUAUAAUAUUAAUUAAAAUGAACACUAAAACUAAACAUUUUCAAAGAAUAGAAACUAAAUUGAAAUAAGAGAAUCACCCCUGGAAAAUAACUGAAAAACAAACCGUCAAAAUAAAAAGUAAUUAGAAAUGGCUGAAGCAGGGCCAGAUAUUGUCACUUUAUAAAAAGCAUUUAUCGAUUCAUACAAUGUUUUUUUUACUACUCCCAGCUCAGAGAAGUGCAAACCAGCUCUAAACAGAACAGAAAGAAGAAGAUAAAACCCUGUAGAUCAUUGCGCUAGGAGAUGUAAAUCAGUCAUAAAUCAGAGUUUCUAGUCUUCUAUUGGCAGCUUUAUUAAAUGGUUCCCAUAAGAGCCAAGUCAUGUUGGUUUGUGAAAAGAACAGUACAGACUGUUUAACUUUUCAGGCAUGUAAUAGGUAGUUCCCUUUUUUUAAGAGAAUUUUGAGACUACACUAAAACCCAUAAAGGCUGAUGUAUCAGACUCUUAACUAUCCAAUAUUUUUAAUCAGCGAUACAGUUUUCAUAACAUUAUCAAAUAGGUCCGGAGCACACUGCUUGCAUUACCAGUACCAUGUUUGCUUCUCGUGUUAACAAGUUAGAGCAGUCUGUCUGAGAAGCACGAGUCAGCACUCUGCAUCUAAAGACCCAGAGUGUCACUUUUUUUUUCUCCCCAAGUGAAACAUGCAGCUCUCAGCAAAAUCUGUGAAAAAAAAAUAAUCUAUUUAUAGUCAUGUUGUCAGCCUAGCAGGACUAUAACUGAUAUUUUUCAGUAUAAUUUAAAGAUGUGGAAUAUAUCUGAGAAACGUUUUUCACAAACGUGGAAAAAUGCAAGCUAAAUAAAAUGUCAUUAAUCUGAUAUAAUAUAGGAGAUAAUUACCAGAAACACAAUGAGGGUUAUAAUUAUAUUAUUAUUGAUAAGUUACCAGAAUCUUUGACAGGGAAUAUCUUUCCUGGUGCACUCUUUCUUUCUGAACUGUGUGUGAGCCACAACACUUUAUCUGUCAUGCAUAGAUAGAAGCUAGGUAGCUAACUUGCACUUGCUGAUGCAGUCUGCCACUGGAGCACAGGAUUGAUCCCUUGAUAUAUAUUCCAGUAAUGAUUGAUUAAUACAUUUUAAUUUGCAACAUUUUUGUAAACCAUUACUUUAUACGCAGCGUAAGAUUUAUCCUACAGCUGCCCUAAAUUAACAGUUUUGGCAAUUACAAAAAUCUGUUUUUAAUGUUUGUGUAGUGGUUAAUCCACCGACAUGCACACGCUCUUUAAUAAAAUGAUGUGUUUAAUACUAAAUAUAAUUAUUGUUGGUAACCAUGAAUUAUCAAAGUUGUUGUUUCGCAAAAUAGUUGUUUUUUUUGUUUUUUUUAUGAAGAUCCCAAAUUACUGUUAUUUGCUUGCAUUCAUGAAUUAGUUUUUGUGGUUGAAUGUUAUAUGUCUGAUUAAUUUCGGACUUGUCUGAGAAGUCCAGUGUACCAGCUCAAGUUUGGGAAUAUUUUGAUUGGUCAUUUUUAGUGUUAUACAUGAAGUGGGAGUUUUGCGAAAUUACCUCAAACUUUUGAGGGGUAAUGUUUACCCGACAGAAUGACAUGGGGAACUAUAUACCGAAUAUUUAUUCCUUUUGUUGGGACGAAAUCUUUCACUCCUCCUGGUGUCUUUUGCCUUCCCUUUUCCACUACCUUAGCCUUUCGUGUUUCCAGAAGUGUUUUUUGAUUUUAUUUUGCUUCCCAUCACUCAACAAAAUAACGAAAUCAAAGUUCAUUGUUACAUUAUCCCCCACCCACCCACUCAUCCCCCCCCUUAGAGGAGCACCCAAAAUACCUGCACUUAUUUUUAUUCAAAGAAGACUUUCUUAUUAAAGCAUUACAUACAUUAGUGAUUGUGUUUUCAUCAUUUAUUCAGUUGCUUCUUUUUUUUUUCUUUCCACUGAAGACUGCAUAAGCCAAAGAUGAAUUCACUGUUUUAAAUUCAUCUUGUGUAUUUAAAUGUCAGCUUCAAGGAACUCAACAGUCGACUGUGAAAAUAGAUUAAGUGCACUGUAGCCAUAGCAACAUAUAGAUUUAAAGAUUUUGAUAAGUCCGUGUUUGACAGCAGAACCGGCCAUCACUUGUGGAUCAAACCUCUCCGUUUGGUUCAUGAACUUAGGAGUUUGCAUUUUGAAAAGCAUCGUUUCUGAAGUCUGCAGCAGCAGGGGCUGAUUUUUUUUCUUUUUUUCUUUUUCUUUUCACUCAAGAAAACAUAUGAUGUCUCUGCCAUGUGUUUACAGUGAAAUGACAUAGCUGGCAUUGCAUAAUUUGCAUGAAGGGGACACAUCGCUUUGAUUGCACAUAUCCCCUCACUUUAGAUUUUUACACUGCGAGUAGCAUACCGAACCAGCGAGUCACCCCUGACAUGCCUUAGAUCAACCACUGUCAUUUGCCUGUCUUCCACUCAGUUGGUAAGCAAACAAACUCCAACUGUCCUCUCCUAAUUACUUGCCACUGACCUUAGCUGUUGCAGCGUCUGUUUCUCACCUGCUGUGAACCAGAAGUACAUAAUUUGAAUUGGAAAUACCUAGUAAGCGCCACUUCUUACUCUUGAUUGCUCACCAUUCUUUCACUGUUGUGUUUGCCUGCUGGGGAUGUCUCUCAGCCAGAAAAAUGGCACAAAGGUGUCAAUAGUUGGCUCCGUGAUGGCUGUCAGUAUACCCCCUUCCGUUUGACUGGGGGUCGUUAACAUCUGAGGCCUACAGUGUGACUCAAACUUGGUGGUUGGCUUGAUUUAAUUUCUGACUGUCUGGAAGAACUCGUCUGACGAAAUGUUUUCCUAAAAGAGACAUCUAUGCUUAUUUUAUGUGUAAGCUGGGCGGCUUCUAGUGGAUAUAUAUGUAUCAACGACAAGAUGACAGUGUCUUCACUCUAUGCACUCACUUCCAUGUUUUACAAUACCUAAUAAUUAUGUAAUAUGUUACAUAAUUUCAUGUAUCAUUUUCUUUUCUUCAUAUUUUUUUCCCCCACAUAUUGCUUGCUUGCACAAAACCGUAGGACUUGAAUGCAGAUAAAACACAAAUGUGGCAUCUCCGGUGCACUAAGGGGAGGAGGCCAGGAACACAGAGAAAGUUGUUCUGUGAUCUGUUUCAAACUGAGAGUCAAGACUUUUUCCAGCCUGUUGAUGACUGUGUGUGUGUGUGUGUGUGUGUGUCUGUGUCUGUGUCUGUGUGUGUGCAUGUAUAGGAAACCAGGGGAUGUAAGUGGGGUACUCAAAGAGACAAAAGAAGGCUCAUCUCAUACAUUUAAACAAAGCUGUUCUUUAGCACACAAAUAAUCACUGGGGCACACCUAGCUGGAUUUCCUGGGUAGGUUUAUCAGUGAUUCACUCAGUGGCACUGUGGGGGGGAUUGCUGCUCUAAACUAUUGAUUUUUAUGGGUGAUAAUGAAUGGGCUUUUAUUUUGCAUCACACUAAAUGCAUGAUGAGUUUCAUAUCAGAGCAUAGCUUUGAUGAGCUAAAGGGUAAAAGUUUCAUCUUGGGAAUCCAAGUUUGAUACAUUUUUGCACAUUUAAAUGCGUUUCCAUCAGACAGUGUGAAUCUAGUGAAACUAACCCCACGCAGUACUCUGAAGAGAGGGGGAGGACAAAAAGCUCUUUCGUAUCCCUUCAUUGUUUCUCUGACUUUGGAAUAUAACUGGGUGAAGGGCAGGGGCAAUACUCUUUUAAACAUGAGAGAUAUGAUGUAGCAAAAAGUGUCUGUACAAAUCCUAGAAGAAAUACUUUAUGAAGCAAGCACAUACUUUAAAUCUGUUCAUUAAACUACUCUUAUAGGCUGUGUGUAAUUCAAGGUCUGUGGGUUUGGUAAAACUGGUUGUGCUGUCUGAGACAAAGUUGUGAGAGAGUGGAUGUGCUCAUAAAGUGAGAUUUACCUAGAUUCUUGUCACUAUACUCUGGUAAUAUUUAAAGUAUAUGCGCAAUACUGAGUAAAAGGGUUGUUUGAUAUUAAGACGAAACUAAUAAUCUUGCAUUUCUCCCCCCGUGCUUCUUAAAAAUGUCUUCUGUAAAUAAGAACAAAGUCGGACUAAAAUCCCCAUCUUUUACAAUGCUGUAGAGCUAUUUAUACUAUUUCAAGGUUGUUCAAAUGUAUAAUGCAGAGACCUAAAAUUCAAUAAAUGCACACAGUACUUUCUCAAAAACGUCA